AUUCGCGCACCCCACCCUCUCGCUGCUGGGGCACUUCGCACCUGCACCACGUCCUCGGCGUCUCCAUCAUGCGCUUGUGCAGUGAUGUCUCCUCCGCAUGACGCUCCCGCCGCGGCGCCGGGCGCGCUGGGCGCAGCAGUCCAGGCGCCGCUCUCACAGGAGAGCGUCGCGUCCGUCUCGGGCAGCAGCAGCUUCGGCGAGGAUGAGGGCUUUCUGGCGGCGCUCGCCACCGUCGAGUUGACGCCUCCGGGGCGUGCGCGUGCCGACAGUGCUAUCAUGCCCCCGCCACGGCUGCCGCCAGCUGCGCUCGCCAGUGCGCGCAGCAGCACGGCGACUGGCAUCGGCAGCACGCCACGCACGGCCAAGCGGGCACGCUUUGCCAUGGAUCCGUCUUUCGAUGCGCUGCCAGAUGUAGCCGAGCGUCAGGGCCCGAGUGACUCUCGGGGCAGUAAGACGCAGCCCCGAGACGCCGACCUGCAGAUCCGCGCCGGCGAGGAGCGCUUCGACUCGCAGCUCGUCGACGAUGACGCAGAGGCACGAAAGCGUGCCUAUCUCAACUCAUCAACGUACGCACCCAGCGCCUUUGGAGACUUGCGCACCUACAAACACAACAAGCGCGGCAAGCUCAAAGUGCAGGGCAGCUCGAUGCUCGGCCAGGGCAGCAGCAGUGGCGACGGCGAGGCUGGCUCUUCCGACGGUCUGCUCUCGCGCAUCUUUGAGGGCACAAAUUGCUACAUCAACGGCCACACGGAUCCGCCAUAUGCCGAGCUGCGCCGCCUGCUGCUGCUGCACGGCGGCGAGCACAUGGUGUACCUCGACACCAAGUCGCCGUGCACGCACAUCAUCGCCUCGUCGCUCACGCCCAAGAAGCGCAUCGAGUUCCGCGACUACCGCACUGUGCGGCCCGAGUGGGUGACAGCAAGUAUCGCCGCUGGUCGCAUGCUCGACUGGCGCCGCUUUCGCUGCGAUGCCACCGCCGCAGGCGCGAUGGACUUUGGCGCGGCCGCUGGCUCCAGACUGCCCGGAUCUGUACGUGGUGUCGCGCCUACCCCGCAGGGCGCUGGAAGCUGGCGCAGCGCUGGCGCUGCCGCAGCUGCAUCGCAGGUGGCCAGCAGCUCAUCGCAUCAACAGCGCCAGUCUGAUGCCGUUGCUGCUGCCACGCGUUCGGUGCGCUCGGACGUGCAGAGUGCAGGCAACGCCGAUCCGUGGGGCCGCGCGAGCGCCCAGACUACGCUCGCAGCGGCAGUGCUCCGCGGCAAGCGGCAUGCCUUGCCCGAACCGGCAGAAGUGGCGGCACAAGCGCCAGCGUCGCCGACCAGCGAACAGCCAGCGUCUGGCGACGCCAGUAGCGUCGCAGGCGAGUGGGAGCCGACGACGCCGCCGCGUUCAUCGCAGUCAAAGGAGGCAGAUCUUUCGCCAGCCUCUUGGCUUGCACAGCUCGAGACGCCGCCGAAGAAAGCGGCUGAAGAAGUCUCGUCGACGGCGGAGCGGCUAGAGAGCCGCAAUGCGAUGCUUGGUGGCACGCCGCCGCCUUCGAGCGCGCUCAUGCUGGCGGAGGGCGAGCCGACGCAAGUGCCGCUCGAAAGAGGACAGCCGAUCGAACGCGCCGGAGUCGAGCGUCGUAAUGCCAUGCCAGGUGGCACGCCGCCGCCUUCAAGCCUGGCGCUGCUGGCAGAGGGCGAGGCGACUCAGGCGCCGAGCAAGGGUGCGCACGACACUGCAACGACGCCGGCGAGACCGAGUGCAGCGUCGACGUUGCUCCUCGCGCGUCCGUCGCCGAAUGCAGCAAAGCAGACCGCUGCGGCUCAGACUGAGCAGACCGCGCGGCAGGUAUUCUCCUCAUACGCCUCCAGGCCCUCCAACGCUUCAGCCGCCCGACUCUUGUCCUCGCCAUCCUGGCGCAAGGAGAACACAGCGACGAGCACGGCUUUUCUGGCCGGCUACUACGGCAAAAGUCGCCUGCACCACCUCUCCACGUGGAAGCUCGAGCUGCAGGACAUGGUCGGCCAGGCGAUGCGAGAGUCGGGCCGGGCGGAGGGCAGCCGAGACCUGCCGCCUGGCGUCGGACGCGUGAUCAUGCAUGUCGAUUUCGAUUCCUUCUUCGUCACCGUCGGUCUUCGCUCGCGACCCGAGCUGCGCGAGCAGCCAGUCGCUGUGUGUCACGGCAGUGGCGAGGGUGCGUCUGGCGACGCGACGAGCACGUCGGAGAUCGCCUCGUGCAACUACGUGGCGCGACGCUUCGGCGUGCGCAACGGCAUGAGUCUUGGGCAAGCACGCAAGCACUGUCCAGAGAUCCAGGCCAUCCCGUACGAGUUCGAGGCAUACAUGGACGUCUCGAUCCAGUUCUACUCCAUCCUGCUGGCGCACGCAGACGUGCUCGAGUCCGUGAGCAUCGACGAGGCACUGCUGGACGUGAGCCUGCUGCUGGAGAGCAUGCGCAAGGGCGAGGAGCCCGAGGGCGCUGACAUGGAAGAGCGCCGCGCGCUGCUCGCCUCGUACCGCGGCCACGUCAGCAGUCAGGGCGAGGUCUUCACGGCGGAAAAGCAGCUGGCCGAGGCGCUGCGCGACAUCAUCCGCACGCGCACUGGCUGCGAGGCCAGCAUCGGUAUCGGCGCCAAUGUCCUGCAGGCUCGUCUCGCCACGCGCAAGGCCAAGCCGGGCGGCUCGUUCCACCUGAGCCCGGAGAAGAUGCUCGAUUUCACCGCGGAUCUCGACGUCGACGAUCUGCACGGCGUCGGCUGGUCGAUCCGCGGCCGGCUCAAGGAGCUUUUCGGGACCUUCAACGUCGGCGAGCUGCGCAAGGUGGCCAAGCAGGGGCGCCUCGUGGCCGAGCUCGGGCCCAAGAAAGGCCUCGUGCUGUGGGACAAACUGCACGGCCGCGAGCGCGACCGCCUCGAGGCAUGCAAGCUGCGCCAGAGCCUCGGCGCCAGCGUCAACUACGCGAUCCGCUUCACGACGAUGGCCGAAUCGGAGGCCUUCGUGCGGCGUCUGUGCAACGAAGUCGCCGAGCGCCUGCGCAAGGCCAAGCUGCGCGGCCGUCACAUCACCGUGCAGGUCAUGGUGCGUGCCGCCUCUGCGCCCGUCGAGGCGCCCAAGUUCAUGGGCCACGGUGUCUGCGACACGCACAACAAGAGCAGCGGCAUUCCCGGCACGACGGCCGUCGACGACGGCGAGGUCAUCUUCAGCGUCGCGUGGCCCAUGAUCCGCAAACUGGCGCCCGACGCCACGCAGCAGCGCGGGCUAAGUGUCGCGCUGCAGAAGCUCGAGCCCAGCGACGGCUCGGUGGCGCAACCAAAGGCUCUCCCGCGGCAGCCGCAGCUCAACUUCGCCAAGGCGCCACGGCCGGUGGCUGCAAAUGCACCGGCGCUCGAAGCGCCGUCUUUGCGUGAAGCAGGCUCCUCGCGAGAUUCAAUACCCGCUGACGACGACGAAGACGAGGACGAGGCGCCGCACCCUGACCCUCUGCAACCCGGACCCGAGCCACGCCCGCGCCGCUCGCCCAGCCCGGCACCCCCGACGCCUCGCAAGCUGGCGACGCCCGCGCCGAUGCUGCCUCCGCCCGCACCGCGCGCCAUGGCACCGCCAGCGCCGCCAGCACCACGGAUGUGGCAGCCCGGCCCGCUCGCACAGCGGCCAUUUGCGCCUCCGCCGGGCACACAGUUCGCCAUCCCCUCGCAGAUCGACGACGCCGUCGUCGCGGCGCUUCCGGCACGCAUGCAAGAGCAGGUCGCUGCUGCGCGGGCCGCUCGUGCAGCUCGACUGGCCAGUGCGAGUGAGCCAGCUCUUGCUGUGUCCGGGCUUGCUGCUCGCGCCGUAUCUGCCGAGCCGGAUCUGGCCGUACAGCGAGGCCGGGAAACGCUGGCGCAGCCCUCGGUGCACGCUCGUGCCGCGUCGACGACGCCGUCCAAGCGGCGCGCCGCAGAGGACCGGGCGGCCUUCAUGCCGUCCUUCUCUCAGAUCGACCCUGGCGUGCUCUCCGCACUGCCCGACGAUGUACGCGACGAGGUGCUGCGUGACGCCGCCAUCCGCUCGCGCAGCGCUGCCGGCGCCUCGCGCUCCAAGUCAGAGUCGCCACGCAAGAAGCAGCGCACGGUGAGCCGGCCGCUGGCAAAGGCCUGGGGCAAGACGAUCGUCCCUGCCGACCAGCCGCGCGCCAAGGUGGCCGUGCAGGCGGCAGACCCGAGCAAGCUCAGCGCUGCGGAUCUCGAGGCGCUCGAGAUCGACCCGGCCUUCUUCCGUGCGCUGCCGCUCGACAUGCAGCGCGACACGCUGCACAGCCAGACGCGCAUCGUCGAGAGCAAGCGGGCGCGCUUCAAGGGCCGUCGGCACCUCGCCGAACAGACGCGCGCCGAGGAACGCCGCACUGCCGCCGAGCGCGCCGCCCGCGUGGCAGCUGAUCCCGGCGGCGUCGCUGCUGAGGGCGGUGCGCCCUUUCCUCCUCUCGUGCUGGCCCGUUCGGCGCGCCAGCGCGAUGAGGAGGCCGGGCGUGUGCCAUCGCUCGGCGGCAAGCACACGACGCAGGACGUCGUGGCGCUGCUGCAGGCGUGGUUCGCUCGGCAGCGCCAGACCGGCCCGCGCGCCAACGAUGCUGCGCGCUUCGGCGCCUUCCUGCUGGCAUGCGUGCAUCCAGAGGCGACGCCCGGCGCGCCGGCGCUCGACCUCGACAAGGCCGCCACGGUGCUGCGCGCCUGGCUGCAGCUCCUCCGAGCCGCCGGCUUCGCAGAGCCGCCGUCGACGACUGGCGCCGACGAGGCGGCGCAGCGCUGGUGGAGCGCCUUCACUGCUGCCCGCGACGCCGUCAAUGCGCGCGUGCAGCAGCGCUUCGGCUUUGCGCUCUCUCUGCGCUAGCCCGCGCUCCCCAACUUCCCGCCUCCUUUCUAUACCUCUUGUCUCUUAUACCGGCUCAUCACUGCACCUAUUGCCCUUGUGC